AUGAGGGCUGAGGAAACUGCUGAGAUCGCGGUCGGGGCAGGCAUGAGGACAGUUGCCCAGUUGAUUGAUUCUUGUUUCGAAAGCGCGCUGGCGCCAGGAACCAUAAAGAUAUAUAGGAGAGUGCAAAAAGAAUUUCUGGAAUUCGUUCGGAAGUUUGGCGCCCCUUUCUCAGCCUUACCCAAGCUCAGAAACGUGUAUGUAGCGCAUUUGAUCGAAAAGAAGAGGCUUAAAUCCAUAGGGUGUCAUGUGGCUGCGCUAGCGCACUUCUUCGGUCCCCUUCCGACCGAAGAUGAGGAGAUCUUACGCGCUUUAUUGCGUGGAGCGAAGCGAGCCACACCUCCUCCAAGGCACAGAAAGAAGGCAACUCAGAAGGACUUGGACACCGUGAUUGCUUGGGCUCUGCAGAAGAAGUCCUUUUCUGCAAUAGCGGGAGCGGCAAUGAUCCUUCUCUCAUUUGCUGCCUUUCUGAGGGUGGGGGAGCUAUGCGAAAUCCGUGGAUCCGACAUAUGUCGGAAAGGCAACGACGUUUGGUGGCUGAAUAUAAGGAGGUCAAAAACGGAUCAGGGUGCCCAAGGUGCAAAAGUAGCAUUCCGACUAGUGGGAGAAGCCCUCAUACUCUGGAGGGUUUUCGAGAACUUCCUUCCACCAAAUUCGGACCACUAUAUUUUUAGCAGAACCUCCGAAGCGCCAUCGAGGGAUGCCGCCGCCCGCCGUAUCAAAGGAGUCCUCACCCAAGCUGGUCUGCAGCACAGGAAGCUCACAACGCACUCCUUCAGAGGAGGAGCAGCGACCACGGCAAUACGAGCAGGACUCCACCCGACAAAUAUCAUGCGCGCGGGAAGGUGGAGAUCAACGGAGGCAUUUUCCUGCUAUAUCGAUCCUAGCCCUCUUUGA